UUUACCAAAUAUUCAGGUGGUAAAAUGUCAAUCAGCUGAAAUGAUAAGAUAAAAUAAAAUGAAUUUCCACCAAAAGCAAAGUAAAUAAUUACAUUUUGUAUGAGAAAUAAAACAAAAAUUAUUGAGUAAUUUGUAAUCGAAUAAUAUAUCUUUGGUGUUGCAAAUCCAAUGAAAACAAAGUAAAAAAAUCCAUUUAAAAUAGCCGAUCACUUAACUAACGGUCUGAAAACCAAGUUUCCUAUUUGUUUAACAACACUUAUUUUUCCUUGAAAGCAACUUUUUCAGUAAUUAAGAGUUCAAAAAUGGACUCCGAGUACACCUUGUCUCAAAAACUUGAGACAGUUUUGAACGGCUUUCUUCUUCCAGGUUUUUGCAAUGCAAGUUCCGCUGAUUUUGAGCUAUUAGCUACUUAUUUGGGGAAAAAAGAACAUGAACCAUUGUUAGAAACACCUGUUGUGGCUUGGAUCGAUCGAUGCGUCAACAUACUUCUAACAAAUUUUCGAGCAGUUCAUCAUACCGUUGUAUCACUUAUGUUUAAGCUCUCUGCUAUUUGUGCCGAAAAUGAAUGGCUUAUGAUUGGUCUGCGUGAAAAACAAAUUUUGGAAAAAAUCACAAUAAUAGUAAAGGAUAAUGUCGAAAAAUUCACGGCUUCAAAUAAACUUGGCCAUAUUCGUUUGUUAACCGCAGUAUCUAAGCACAACGUCGGCCUAAGAUGGAUAAAAGAAAGCAAAUCGUGGUUUUACAUUGUCAAAUACUGUUGCGAAAAUCAUACUCUUUACGUUGUGCGGGAAGCAUCUUUAUUGAUAUAUGACAUUUUAUAUAAAUUUUCGGCGAAAAAUUAUGACACAGAAUUCUGUUUAGAAAUAAUUGAUGAAAUACUUAAGCCAAUUGAUCAAGGCGUCUAUCAAAACAGUUCAACUGUUGUAUAUGUUGAUGACUCUAAAAUUCAGAAAAGUCUUUGUCCUACUCUGGAUUUAAUUUCUCUGAUCUUUCAAAAAACUCUAGACAGCAAGGAAAAGACUCCCAUUGCACACUUGUGUGAUGUGCACCAUAAAAUUGUAAUGAACAUUUGGAAACUAGCCAAAGUAACGCACAAUGAGUAUUUUCUUGGCAAAAUUUUAAAAGCUCAAACAAUGUAUAACUUCGCAAUGUUGGUCUACCAAAAAUGGGAUAGUGAAAAAAUUGAUCCUUGUGAUUUCAAUGAGUUUGGCGUGAAUUUUUUCAACACAAUGAAAUUUUGCGUGUCUCGAAGAAGCUGUGUAAACUUCUUAAAACUUGCAAAGAUGAAUCAUUUUCUUUGGAAAAAAUUAGGAUCCCGAGCUCCGUCAGAAAUAUUUAUAGAAAACGAUAGCAUUCAAUUUGAGAACCAGCUUAUAAUGUUUCAUCUUAUGCCUGUGUUGUGUAUCGUUAAAACUCAACCUGAGGAAGAAAGUAUAUUCGAUCAAUACAUAAAGAAACUAUUUUCAAUUUCCAGUGAAUUCACAGUUAGAAUAUGUUAUUCUUUUCGUGACAUUUUGUUGGAUUGCUCCGAUUUUGCUGCACAUUUAGCAUAUAAAUCAAUACAUGGAGUUUUAUCUAUGAAAACUAUUUUGAACAAAGAUCAAGCUGUUGUUCUUUUUCAAGCUUUAGUGUACGUGCUCAAAGAAUUUACAAUAGGAUCGAAUGAAAGUUCUAUUGCGUUGCCCACAGAUCCUGCUCAAAGACUUCCGCAAGUUUUGUAUGCAACUUUAGCUUGUCUGUACACUUUAGUUGAAGGAUUUGAUAUAACAUGGAAAGAAUCAAUUGAAAGUAUGUGCUUGAUGGAUAUCGUUUUAGAUAUUUUGAAAAAAGAAAACUUAUCGUCAUUGACGGUAGUGCAAUCAAUUAAACUUGCUCAGCUAUCAAUUGAACAUUUUCUAUCUCCGAACAUGGCAUUAUUAGUGGACAACUUAAAAGGAUCCGGACUUCAAAACCUUGGACCAAUUGUUAUAAAAAAUUUCCAUAACAUAGAAUGGGAAGUUCGAGAUAGUACUAUUGAACUUGUGACAUCAAUUGUUUCAAUAUCUCGGUUAAAGUUCCCUGCUUUUCAACAAUACAUUCUCGAAAACAAUAUUUGUCCGUUAGUUUUCGAUAUCGUGCAUAAUGAUCAGGAAUCUUAUGUACGUGCAACUGCCCUUAAAUGCUUAACACAAAUGAUUGCUGUAAAUUUACUAUGGGAAAAAAGUCUCACCAAUUUAAAUCUGGUUACCUAUCUAUUGGAGAUGAUUUGCAAUGAAAGCGAAGGUAUUGUUAGAAAGGAAGCAAUAACAUGCGUGACGCAAAUGUACAUACAUAACCGAAUACAGGCCACCAAUAAAAAAUCAUUGUAUUGUACACUUGCGCACAUCGGUGUCAAUGAUUUAUACUGGGAAGUAAAAGUAGCUGCUAUUAACUUCUGGGAAACAGUUAUCCAUACACUAUUUACGAACCAAGGAAUGAUAGAUGGUACUUUUCCAACAGUAACAUUUUCAAAAGAAAAGAAAAAAAUUGUAACUUUAACAGAAACAGAAAUUAUUUUAAGGAUUAAAAAAAUCCUGAUCGAACUAUCUGAAAUUGGCUGCUUAAAUGUUAUUCUUAAAUGUCUAAAUGAUGAUUGUGAUUUAGAAGUCGUAAAAGUAGCUGUUGUGGUUGUAAAAGCAUUAUUUCAAAAACUAGAUAAAUACAAUUAUGAAAAAGCGUUAACUGACGAUUUGUCUCGUCCUGAAGUCGAAAAACAUUCCAAUCUAGAUACAGUUUCUAAUAAUAAACAUCUAAGAACAGAAAGUAAUGGAAAUACUACUAAAAAUAUAAAUACAAAUAACAACGUUAUUGAUGAUAUUGUAUCUACAAAAGACAGCCAGUUACUCUCUAGUUGUUAUAAGGAAACAGGUGAAUGUACUAAAAAUAAUGUAAAAAAACAAAAUACAUUCGUUGUUGUAACUCCUAAAGAAUUUGUUAUGCAGCUAAAAGGGGUCGAUUUUGAUAAGAUAAUUGAAAAUCGUAAGAAUUGGUUCUAUUCCUCAGAAAGCUUAUCGACUUUCUUGGAUGAUUUGUUACUUUCUAGUAAUAUUCGAGACUCUAUACAUGCUGAUUGUUACUAGAAUAAAAUCUACAAUUCGCCUUAAAGUAUUUUUAAAUAAAUUUACAUGGAAUUUGUUGUAUAA